CUGAAAUUUUACGAAAUCAUUGCGGAAGUUAACACUACACAAGGAAGAGUGGCGUGAUAAUAAUGAUAUAUUAAGAGAAUAUCUCAUUUUAAUGAUAAUUUAACAAUAUAUUCAGUACAGGUAGCAAAAAUACAAAGGCUACAUUAUGUCCACAAAGAAAGUCAAAAUAGUUGCCUUGCGUUUACUAAAUAAGAACGAACCAGGUGUGCACAACUUCAGUAUCGAAAUUGUGCCAAAGAACAAAGCGAAAUCCGUGAUAAAGAAAAGACAAAAAGAAGAGAAGUAUGAAAAAGAUGAAUGCAUUAUACCACCAACGUCUCCCAAAAUUGAACUACCUUUGGAUAAGGACAAGAAAUGUGAAAUUAAAUUAAGAAUUGAAGGGGGACUCAAGCCAGCUGAUGACAUGCAUGACGGCGAAGAUAUUAUAGUUUAUUCGGCUAAAGGGAAAAAAGCUGCCCGCAAAAUCCUAUUUACAAUUCCAAGCAAUGAAUCGGACAAGGCCAGCAUUCUUUUUACUGUAGGAGACACAUAUAAACACAGGGUAUGUUGUUAGGCCAAAAGAAAUAUACCUGUAUUUCCGGUAACAUUGCGAAAAAAAGGGUCGAUCGGUCGGGAUUUUUUCUUUUUUCGAUUUCAUGUAAUAUUUUGUUGCAUGGGAUCAAUUAUGUUAUAUCUAAGCGUUUCAUAAUUCACAAAAAGUCAAAAAAAGUCAGAGUUAAAAAAAGUUAAACAGAUUUGUUUAAUGUCUGAAAUCAUUUUCUUACCUUCGACUACCGUAUUUUCCCUCCUAUUUUUCCCAUGAUAUCUGGUGUUUUAUGUUUUACAAUACUCGUUUAUAAGACGUGAUCGGUUACAAAUCCAGCACUUCAAUUUUUACAAAUCUACGAUAAUAUUCUAGCCAAACAGUCAAUUAUGAACUAAACUUGUUAAAUUGCUUGUAGAAAAUCACCAAUUUUCACGUCAAUUGUGAGCUCUCUAAUGUGGAGGUAACUUAAUAAUAGAACAAGUAAACGCGGGUAUGGACUAAUGUGACAUGAAAAAAAUUCCAAUGGUUAUAUUUAAAAAACUGAAAAGUAACUUGAUAUUAUAAAUUAAUAUCUGAAAUAUGUAAACAUUGUUGGUGUUCCGUGUCCAACGGAAACAAGUCCGCCAGAACCAGAAGCGUUGAGCAUCAUUGGUGGCGCAACCGCAGGUACAACUAUCAUUUUAUUACGCAGCUCCAAUUUCUGUAAUACUUACUACUGGUACUACUACUACUACUACUACUACUACUACUACUGCUACUGCUACUAACAAAAAGAGUAAAAAAAUGAUGAUAAUAAUAAUAAUAAUAAUGAUAAUAAUAUAAUAAUAAUAAAAAAUUGGGCUCUGUGAUCUAGUUUAUAACGCCAGAUGACCAUAUUCGAACUUGAGCUAGAAAUCAUCAAAACAACCUUAAGUUUCUGACAAAUUUCCAGGAUAUUUCGGCUGAAAAUGUUAGCUCUAGAGUGUUAACAAGGUAUUUCCAUAAUUGGGCUCUGUGUCCUAGUUUUUUUACCCCAGAUGACCAUAUUCGAACUUGAGCUAGAAAUCAUUGAAACAAUCUUUCUGACGAAUUUCCGGAAUAGUUGGACUGAAAAUGUUACCUCGAGAGUGUUAACAAGGUAAUUCCACAUUUAGGCUCUGUGAGCUAGUUCUUGAUCCCAGAUAACUCAUAUUCAAACUUGAGCUAGAAAUCAUUAAAACAACCUUUCUGACAAAUUUCCAGGACAUUUGGGCUGAAAAUGUUACCUCGAAAGUGUUAACAAGGUUUUUCCACAAUUGGACUCAGUGACUUAGUUUUUUACCCUAGAUGAUCCAUAUUAAAAUCGGAGCUAGAAUUCUUCAAAACAACCUUUCUGAAAUAUUUCCAGGAUAUUUGGGUUGAAAAGUUUACCUCUAGAAUGUUAACAAGGUAUUUCCAUAUUUGGGAUCUGAUACCUAGUUUUUGACCCCAGAUGACCAUAUUCGAACUAGAAAUCAUUGAAACAACCUUUCUGACAAAUUUCCAGGAUAUUUGGGCUGACUGGUGACUGGUAGGUUUGCUUGAUCAUUUUUAAUGAUAUUAUGUUGCGCUUGUGUUAGAUAACCAAAUGGGAUUACAUAUCUCAGUAACUAAGCUCAAACAAGUAAUACAAAAUAGUAAAUCAAUACCGCAUUGCAUUUGUACGUGGUUUUUAUGGGCUACUUUAAAGAACAGUACAUAAUGUACGUAUACAGUUUAAUAGAAAAACAUGCAUGAAUAUAAAUUUUAUUUGGUAACAUCAAAAAAAAAAACUUGACAUGACACCCAACCAAACGAUACUUGUGAUUAAAGUGGUAUCACGUAGACAUCUUAUCCACGCAAAAUGCAUCUGAUUUAAAUACUUUCAGGUGGUGCCAAGAGCAAUGAGGCGGGAUACCUUGCAAAGCCAGGUCUUUCAUCGAGUGAAGUGACAUCGGUUCCUGGUCGUGCCAAGACCAAUGAUGCGGGUUACCUUGCAAAACCCGCUAUUCCAUCGAGUGAGGUGACAUCGGAUCCUGUUGGUCCUGGUCCUAGCGUUAAGGAAGGAUCGUCUGAUGAGACAGAAGUAUCGGGCACCAUUAUGUCUACAGAGAAAGUUAGAAUAGUUGCCUUGCGUUUACCAAAUAGGAGCGCGCGGGGUCAUCAAACCUUCAGUAUCGAAAUUGUGCCAAAAAAAGCUGCAAAGUCCGUGAUAAAGAAAAGACAAAAGAGAAGUAUGAAGACGAUGACUGUAUUGUGCCACCAACGUCUCCCGAUGUUGAACUACCAUUGGAUAAGGACAACGAAUGUGUGGUUAAAUUCACAAUAAUUGGGGGACUAAAGCCAGCUGAAGAUAUGCAUGACGGCGAAGAUAUUAUAGUUUAUACGGCUAAAGGGAAAACAUCUGCCCGCAAGAUUCUUCUUACAACUCCAAGCAACGAAUCGGACAUGGCCAGCAUUCUUUUCCAUGUAGGAGACACAUUGAAACACAGGGUAAACAUUGUUGGUGUUCCGUGUCAAAAGGAAUCAAGUUCUCCAGGAGAAGCUUUGUUGAGCAUCUCGGGCGGCGCCACGUCAGGAGACCAGAAAGAAACUAUGGCUGUAAAUAGUGGUCGUGCCAAGGACAGUGACGCGGGUAACCUUCCAAAACCCGCUUUUCCAUCGAGUGGGAUGACAUCGGUUCCUGUUGGUCCUGGUCCUAGGUUUUUGGAAGGAUCUUCGUAUGAGACAGGAGAAUCAGCCUACAAGAAGCUGCUAAGCAAUACAUCACUGAAGGUUCUUGCAAAUGCUAUCGCGCCAAAUGACGUCUACACACUACUUAUUCAACUGGAGGUUCCCCCAGUAAAGAUCGAUCAAGAAAGACUUAAUAACCCAGGCGACAUUGGGUCAGCAUACUUUAAAUGCCUUUACCACUGGCGUUCCAUUGCGGGUUUGAAGGGUGCUUAUAACCUGGAAGUCGACAAAUACCUGUUUAAUAAACUAAUCGAGGUAUUGACUGAGCUAGGCAGAAAUGACAUUAAGAGGGUUUUGAUGAAAGUAUUAGGAUAGACUUCACUGGCCUGUAUUGUUAAACGCAUCCGUGCACGUAGCGCUGAAUGAGCUUGAUGGAUCAUAUGAGGUCGUUUUCUUAAAUCACUUUUCAAUUUAAAUUCAUCACACGAUUAUUGUAUGGCGCUAAAAGGUUUUCUAAAGGAAUGCAUUUUAGUAAGAUCUUGGUGCAUACGGACAAUAUCAGCCAAUUUACUUUUUUAUCUGAGAAAAAAAACAUUUCAGUAGCGAUACUUAUAUAAUUCAAGUUUCUGGCAGUAAUAUGAGAAAUUUCAGCACUCCCUUCAGUCCUGCGUCUAAAACACAGACUUAUGGGUUCAUUGAAAUUGGCUUUAGCGAAAAUCAAUUAUGUCUAGUUGUUUAUGUUUCUAUUCUUUCUGCAUGCAUCAAUUUAAGAUUUUGAAACUCUUAAAAAUAAAUAAAGCUGAGUCAGUAUGGGUUGCGAAUAAUAUGUUCUUCAUGAACAGGUUUAUUUUUGAUAAAACGGACGCUGCUGUUCCAUAGCAUGUAUACAUUUUAUUCGUUCGAAUAUUCCUAACAUUAAAUUGAUUUUUGAAUGUAUAAUACGCCUGUGUUUUAAUAUAUCUUUAUUUAUCUUUUUACCAUUAUAAACAUUCUAACUGCUACUUUUGAAUAAUAAUAAAAUGUCAAUUAAUCAUAAAUAUACUUUGCAAAAUUAAUCAGUUAAUGUUAAAAGUUUACAAGUUGAUUAUAUCCC